GUAGGCUUAGUUCUAUUUCACCAGCCGAUCGUAUUCAGCUCCGCACAGGCGCAGUUAUUUCCCAGGCAACGCGUCCCCCCGCCGCUGUGUGGCAAUUGUGAUCAAUUGAGUUCAUGCCCUUCUCUCUCUUUGUCUCCUAACUAAAAAAAAUAAACUUGAAAUGGCGAGCAACAUUCCACGGGGGCAGCCCGGGGUCACAUCAGUCAAAGUUCCCGCUCCAUGGUUGUGGCACUCAGCCAGUGACAGCAGGAGAAAUGCGGAAGCACGUGGCUUAAACAUUAAACUGAGAGAACCUCUGUGAAAAGAAAGGCUUCGGCAUAAGUCUGUCUUCUUGUUAGAGAAUAUUUCGUGUAUGCGCACAUUUUACCAGAAGUAUUGGCUGAACGAAGGAAAGAUCGAACUGUCAGACGUUUGUGUGGUUUCGCACACCAGGGGAACUCGUUCUUGCUUCAUUUUGGCGCAUCACAGGCGAGACCCGGGCUCGAGAGCGAGUCUCUGUGGAGGCUGAAGCCGCUCCCAGAGAGAUGUCGGGACAGUCAGCAGAGCCGGAGACUCGGCUUCGAUCCUCCUGUUUAUUCGGUUCCCAGGACGGGAGGCGGACAAGUGACCUCCGCGAUGCCAGCCUUCGGGAGUGUAGGCUGUCGGCACUUGAAACCGAAGACCAUUAGGAAAUCUGCUCUGGUCUGCCUCCUCUUAUGGAUCGCCUGCUGGCUUCUUGUAAACAUGUCAGUCUUCAUCCACAAGAAUAUCUUCGCCGAAUAUUGCACCGACCAGAAAAGUAAAAGAAUUCUCGGACGAUUGUGUCGUGACUAUCGGCAGGGAUUGCUGACAGGGAACCUGUGCGAGGACUUGUGUGUCACACAGACAAUGGUUUAUAAACGAUGUCUGUACUAUGACAAAGGGAAGAAAGUUAUACAGGCUGAUUGGAAUGGGCGGCCUAUAAUUCUGAAAUCCAAACUAGAAGACUUUUUAAGCUAUGACAGCUUUUACCUGCUGGAUGAGCAAGAGAGCGGAUCCAUUCUAGAUAUUGACAUCCUGGUCUUUACUGCCUUGGAAAUCAAACACUCUUUGGGUCUGGAUGUGAAGAAUGUUACAGUACCACAGCUAUGGACCAAGCAUUUAAAAAACAGGAGGAGCUCUUUCUCAAGGGCAGAGCUAGCCAGCAUGUGGUCUCUCCUACAGCAGGAAGAAUAUGUCUUUUUCCAGUUACUGCAGGAUCUCAGUAAACAUGUUCUCAAAAUGGUGGGCUCCUGCGGUCAUUUCUACGCCGUUGAGUACCUCACAGCUGGACAUGCUUGGCAUCACAACCUUUUUGCCCUGGAAGAGCUGGGCGCCCACUCCUGGCGAGGCAGCAGCAGCAAGGCCUUGUGGCAGGCAGCUAAUGGGAUCGCAGUUAGCUUCCUAGAUCUAGCUAGGCAUUUUGAGAAUGACUUUUCCCACCAGCUCCAUCUCUGUGACAUCAAGCCAGAGAACUUUGCCAUCAGGGCUGACCUAACGGUUGUUGCAAUAGAUGUGGAUAUGGCUUUUUUUGAACCCAAGAUGCGUGACAUCCUUUAUCAAAAUUGUACAAAAGAUGAAGACUGCAACUUUUUCGACUGUUUCUCACAAUGUAAUUUAAAGACAAAAAGAUGCAGAGCUCAGCGCUUAAAUAGCAACCUGCAGGUCAUUUGUGAUAAAAUAUUCCGUCCUUUAUUCUCACCCCAGCUGAGUGAACUCAGAGUGUACCACCCACUGCAAGCCCAACUGUAUAAAGCAGUGCAAAGGUGUGCUGACCUUUCCAGACAUGGCAGUGUGGACAAGAAGACAACGGAGAGCACCUUCUCUGAACUGUACAGCUUGUUUAAGGCUGGUCAGGCAGAACAAUGAAAUAAAGGCAAUUAAAUGAUGACCCAAAUAGUUAAAGAGUAGCCUCACCACAUUACUCAUUUACAAUGGUGUCCAAGUGCCAUCCACAAUAAGCCACUGUGUUCACUUUACAGGUCUAACCAUCAUGACGAUUGUACAGAUUUGGUGCUUACAUCUACAAUAACAGGGAUAGUUUUAACCAACAUGUAAGAGCAGAGUAAUUUCUUUAUAUCCUUGACUGAAGGGUAGCUAAUGUUGUUCCUUUGUUCAAGAAAGACUCUAAGAAUAAGCCAGGAAAUUGAAGAACCAUAAGUUUGUUGUCUAGCAGCAGGUAAGUUAUUGGAAAGUUGAUAAAUUCUUCUUAGGCUUCCAGCCGGGUACAGAUAUUGACAUUAACUGAUGUUUUGAUGUCGAAGCUGAAGAAAAUGGCAGCUUGUCAUCGAAAUGUUGGUUAAAUAGAUACCUAUACCUGGCUGGAAGCCUGAGAAGAGUUUAUUCAUUAUGUAGGCCAGGAAAGCACUAGAUCCUUUUUAUUGGAAGGUAUUCUAAGUGACAGGAUAUUCAGUAUAAGUAUUUGGAUAGACAGGGCCUGAUUCGGGACAGACAACACUAACUUUUAUGUGAUAGAUCAUGUCUAACCAUCUUUUGGAUGAAAUUACCAGGAAAAGUUGAUGAAGGAAAGGCAGUGGACUUUAGGAAGUUCUUUGACAAGUCUGCAUGGAAGGCUGAUCCAAAAGGUUCGGCUGCUUGGCUCUCAGGAUGAAGUAAGAAACUGGAUUCAACAUUGUCUUAUUGGGAGAAGCCAGAUGGUGAUAGUAGACAGUUACCCCUCUCACUGUUGCCCCCCUGUAACUAGUGAUGCGCCCCAAGGAUCAGAGCUACUUGUCAUCUGUAUUAAUGAUUUGUACGAUAAUAUGAUAAACUAGAUCAGUAAAUUUGCAGAUGUCACCAAGAUAUGGAGCAUAGUGAAUAGCAAGAAAUGCUAGCAAAGCUUGCAGCAGGACCACGACCAAAUGGAAAAUGGCAGCUGGACUUUAAUGCAGACAAGUGUGAGGUGUUGAACUUUAGGAGAAUAAUCCAGGAGAGGACUGGUUUGUUCUCCCAAAGAGAGAGUGGUAGGACAUUGAGGAGUGCAGAAGAACCGAGGGAUCUGGGAAUACAGAUCAAUAAUUCCUUGUAAGUGGCAUCCCAGGCAGAUGAGGUUGUAAAGAUAUCUUUGGGCACAUAGGUCUUAAUAAUUCAAAGUAUUGAGUACAGGAGUUGGGAUGCUAUGUUAAAAUUGUAUAAGGCGUUGGUGAGGCCAAUUUUCGAGUACUGCGUGCAGUUCCAUGGGAGGUGAAACCCACAGAAUGCAUCCAGAACAGAUGGGAUACCUGGCUGAGUACUAAGGACCUGUGCUAAUCAACUGGCUGGAGUGUUCACCAAAAUCCUUAAUCACUCAUUUUGGCAAUCUGAGGUACCCACCUGAUUCAAGCAGGUUUCAAUUAUAUGAGUGCCUCAGAGCUUUGCAACCUGCCCAAUGACUAUCAUCCAGCAACAUUUACAUCCACUGUGAUGAAGUGCUUUGAGAGGUUGCUGAUGAAAGAUAUCAGCUCCUUCCUGUGAAAUGACUUGGAUCCACUUCAAUUUGUCUACAGGCACAUCAGCUCCAGAACAGAUGCCAUUUCAUUGGCUCUUCGCUCAACCCUGGAAUACCUAAACAGCAAAGAUGCAUACACCAGGAUGCAAUUUAUUAAUUACAUCUCGGCAUUCAAUACUAUCAUCCCCUCAAAAUUAAUCAAAAUACUUCAAGAUCUUGGCAUCAAAAUCUGCUUGUUCAAUUGGAUCCUUAAUUUCCUUACUGGUAGACACCAGUCGGUUUGGAUUGGCAACAACAUCUCCUUCACAAUCAUCAUCAGGACAGAUGUGCUACAAGGCUGUGUUUUCAGUCCCCUGCCCUACUUGCUUUAUACUUAUGACUGGGAGGGCUCAUCACAACUCAAAUGCCAUACUUAAGUUUGCUGAUGACACCGCUGACGUUGGCUGAAUCAAAGGUGGUGAUGAAUCAGCAUACAGGAGGGAGAUUGAAAAUCUCUCUGAGUGGUGACACAACAACAACCUCUCACUCAAUAUCAGCAAGACUAAAGAGCUGAUUAUUGACUUCGGGAGGAGGAACUUCAGAGGAUCUGUCCAGUACCCAGCAUGUAAAUGAAAUGACAAAGAAAUCACACACUUGUCCUUCUUUACAAGUUUGCAAAGAUUCAGCAUGACAUCUAAAACUUUGACAAAUUUCUAAGGAUGUGCAGAGGCGAGUAUAUUGACUGGCUGCAUCACAGCCUGGUAUGGAAACACUAAUGCUCUUGAAUGGAAAAGCCCACAAGAUGUAGUGCAUACAGCCCAGUCCAUCACGGGUAAAGCUCUCCCCACCAUUGAGUACAUCUACAUGGAACACUGUCGCAGGAAAGCAACAUAUAUCAUCAGGGACCCCCACCACCCAGGUCACGCUCCCUUUUCUCUGUUCCCAUCAGAAAGAAGUUACAGGAGCCUCAGAACUCACAUCACCAGGUUGAGGAGCAGUUAUUACUCCUCAACCAUCAGGCUUUUGAACCAGUGGGGAUAAGUUCACGCCCCAUCACUGAACUGUUCCCACAGCCUAUUGGCUCACUUUCAAGGACUCUUUGUCUCAUGGUCUCAAUAUUUAUUGCUUAUUUAUUGAUAAUUAUUAUUACUUCUUCUUUUCGUUUGCAUUUGCACUUUGGUUUUUGUCCGUCAUGUUGGGUACGGUCUUUCAUUGAUUCUAUUAUGUUUUUUGCACUUACUGAGUAUGUCUGCAAGAAAACAAAUCCCAGAGUGGCAUACGGUGUCAUACAUGUACUUUGAUAAUAAAUUUACUUUGAACUUUGAGUUCUAGUUCCCUACAUACAGGAAAGUACCUAUAAAAUUUACAAGGAUGUUGCCGGGACUUGAGGAAAGUUUGAAUCGGUAGGGCAUUACUCCCUGGAGCUUAGGAGAAUGAGGGGAAAUUUGAUAGAAGUAUACAAAAUUGUGAGGUGCAUUGAUAGGGUAAAUGUAAGCAGGCUUUUUUUCACUCAUGGUGGGUGAGACUAGAACUAGAGGUCAUAGGGUAAGAGUAA